UUUGUAUGCCCCAUUAUGGUAACCCAAAAACACAAAAUUGGUAUAAAACUUUGGGGUUAAAUAACCGUGGCGGUAUCACAUAAAAGCUCUAUAAAAGGCAGAAGUUAAAUCAAGAUUCAUAUGGUUAUACUGUCAACUCUUUCUUACUAAUGAAGUAUAGAAAGUUUGGAGUUGCCGAUGUGGAGAAUGUUCUACAGGAUGAGCUAUAUAAAUACCGUCAACAAUUGAAAUGCUGCCAGUAUUCUUACGGAAGCCAAUAUGAAACUGAAAACUCCAACGUGUCUUAUAAUCACAACAUUAACGUUUUGGCUGCUCCCUCAUGGGUUUGGAUUAUCAAUAACCGGAGAAGACCUUGUAAAAUCUGCAGGAAAUUUACUAACAGGAAUUGGAUCACAAUUAGUCAAAAAUAUACCGACUGUAGAUGAAAUAUUGUAUACAUCAAUACAGGUUUUAUUUGGUGUACCAGAGCAAGUUGUGGCCAAAUCUUUGAAUGAAGCAUGCUCCCUAUAUUUGUCUUCCGGCAAUAUUCUACCUCGUAUUACACCCGCAGCUGAAGAAAUGUAUUUCCAAUUAAGAACUCCUUGCAACAACAUAAGCGUACCUUUGUUAGAGGCUGAUCAACUAGUUGAACACGCGGAAUUUGAUGUUCAAAAGAAGGUUGUAAUUUUUGUCAGCGGUUGGACGACGGAUAUCAAUGAGACGGAUCAUAUUGAAGAUAUGGCCAAGGCAUACCAUUGUCAGGGUGAUUAUAAUUUUCUGUAUGUGAAUACAUCGAACUUUGUGCAAACACUUUACAGUUGGUCAGCAUUUAACACUGAAGCUGUGGGAACUUUUAUAGGAGAAGGUUUGAUGAAAUUAACACAAGAGGUGCCACCUGCUAAUAUACAUUUGGUUGGCCACAGUUUGGGUGCUCAAAUGGUGGGCAAAGCUGGCCGCCAUUUCACUUCACUUACGGGUGAAUCCGUGGCCCGCAUAACUGGAUUAGAUCCUGCCAACCCUUGCUUUAACGAAGGUGAAUCUUUAUCCGGCAUAUUCCGCGGUGAUGCCGCCUUUGUCGAUAUAAUUCAUACAAAUUCUGGUGUAUUGGGAAUAGCCGAACCAGUGGGUGAUGCUGAUUUUUAUCCUGGAGGUUUGGGUCCCAUCAAAUCUGGUUGUAUACAAUUUGGUUGCUCCCACAGUCGAGCACUUGAGUAUUACAUAGAAAGUAUUUAUCCUUGGGAUCAAUUAAAUUUCAUGGCUAAACGUUGCAGCUCUUUGAGAAGUUUAAAUAGUGGCCGUUGCGAUGGACCUCCAACGCCAAUGGGGUUUGCUUCGUCAACCAAUCUGGCUGGGAAUUAUUUUUUAGAUGUUAACUCGAAAUCACCAUUUGGAAAAUCUACCAUAAAUAAUGUUAACAGAAAAGAAGUUUCUCACUGUGGGCGUUGUGAAAAUUAGUCUGUAUACGUUGUUUAGUUUAUUUGCCAACAAAAUCUAUAUGUAUUUACACAUUUUUAAAUGCAAUAAAACAGACAGUUGCGGUCAAAAUAAUAGCAGCGCAGAGAAAUAUA